CUCCCGGUUUCGCUAGAGACUGCAGUCCCUGGGCCCUGAUGCACCUCCGUUGCCAUCGGACGCCGAAUUCCCAAAACCCCAAACCCUAGAGAGAGAAUCCCGAGAAGGUCGAAGAGUUCGCGCUGUGUGUGUGAGAGAGAAUCCGACAAGGCAGUCUCUUCGGGACGAGGUAGCGGAAUUUGAUGGCAUCGUCAAAUUCAAGAAAGUCGGAUCUAUUGCGACGGUCUUCUGCUGCUGCUUCUACUUCUACAAGACCUGAUAAGAAUGUUAACAGAGGAAAUUUGGGCUUGAUGUCCGUCGAAGGCAUUCUUCGCGAUGCUUACGAUUCCGGGCCUACCACGGAGUCUACCCUCCUAGAUGCCCAAAUAACCUUAAUGGAGACGCCGGUCAAUGCCAUCGCUGCCGCGACCUCUGCUGACGGCAAUGAUGGUGGUGGGGCACUGAAUGUAUCGAGAACCAUGGAUGAUGUUUGGAAGGAUAUGAUUUCCGGUGAUAGGAGGGAGUGCAAGGAGGAGGCACUGGAUGAAAUGAUGACUCUAGAAGAUUUUUUGGCCAAGGCUGGGGCUGUGGACGACGACGACGAUGAUGUGAAGAUACCGGUGGCCCCCACCGAGCAGGUGAGUGGGGGUAUCUUUACGUUUGAUUCUAGUAACCCAACCUCGUUUCAGUCAUUGGAUAAAGUUGAAGGGUCGGUAGUUGGGUUCGGUAAUGGAGUGGAGGUGGGAGGUGGGGGAGAGAGGAAUAAGAGAGGGCGUCCUGUUUUGGAGCCGUUGGAUAAGGCUGCCCUGCAGAGGCAAAGGAGGAUGAUUAAAAACAGAGAAUCCGCAGCAAGGUCUAGGGAACGAAAGCAGGCUUACCAAGUUGAAUUGGAGUCUAUAGCGGUGAGACUAGAGGAGGAAAAUGAGCUGCUUAUGAGGGAAAAGGUUGAGAGGACCAAGAAAAGAUUCAAGCAGCGAUCGUGGUGCCUCAUCAAAUAUGCUUACCAUAUGGAAUAUCAACUUUAGAAACUUUUGCAAUGCCAUCUCCCCUGGCACUACCAGACUCAUGGAAAGAGUUAUUCCCGUUGUUGACAAGCAAAAGCAGCCGCGUAUAAUCCGUAGGGUUCGCUCCUGGCAGUGGUAGAUCAGAUUUGCUCCAGUUGCAGAAUGGGAACUGAAGAUCUGCCAUCGAUGACGAACUAAAUAAAUAUGGGCAUAUCAAUUAAUUCCUAAACUCUGAGACUCAAAUCUGUAAAUUGUCUCAGGCAGUUGAGGGUAAUGACUUGGGAUAUACAGGAAGGAAUUGUAACCUGACUCAUGAGGAAGAUUCCUUGACACCCAAGAAACAGUUUUCCCCCCUCUGUAGAAGCUCAAUAAGUAGAAAUCUGGAGUUGGACAAAUGGACGCAGUGCAACGGGGAAUUUUAGGCGCGUACAUGUAGCUUAGUCAUGCUUUAGACAGGUAGUUAUAUGUCCAGAAAAAGAAUACAUCAAAUGUUUAUGUCAUGCAUUAUGUCAUGUUAGUCUUGAGAUCCAUGUUCUUUUACCAAUGUAUGAAGUGUUAAAGUACAAAUCUGCAUUCAAUAUUUUAAUCAGGUGUAUCUCAUCCUAAAAUA